UGUGACCAAUAGAAGACACCGGAGAGUAUGAAGAGGAAAAGUCAAGUUAAUAAAUAAACCACAGUUAUAAACCCAACAGAUCGGACCUAAUUUACUAUAACCUGCAGUUUAUAUGGAGCUAUACACUUAUAAUAUCCCGAUGGAUUUCAUUCGGCUGUUACCCGGCUUUAUAAUAUAUUUAGGUGCUGUAACUGCUGAGAAUCCUGUGCUGGUGAAAGGGACUCUUAGAGGAGAUGUGUAUUUCCGUCUUAACGUCUCAAGUCCUAAUAUUAUGUGGAUGAGGACGAUGAAAAAUUCCAGCGAAAUCAUUAUCAUUGCAAGAAAUAUACCGUGUGACUCGGUGGUGAAUGGAUCUCUGGGGGGAUCUGCAUAUUUUAAUGUGUGUGUUUCAAAUGAAAACAAUGAACGUGUAAAAUGGAAGUAUAUGGGUAACGAGCUUGAGACAAACCUACAGUCCGAAAAGUAUGAAAAAUACCCAAAUGGAUCCCUGAUACUAUACAAUAUCACAUACAAUCACGAGGGGGAGUAUAUCAUGACCUUACCUGUAGAUGGUCAGGAUGUCACGAUAAUUGAAAGCUAUUACCUCAAAGUCUAUGGUGAUCUUAGUGUUCCAUUUCUCAGAUCUAACCAAACAAAGUUUGGCAAUGGCACCAAUGUGACCCUCCAGUGUAAUGCAGAACACAAUCAUAAUGUGACUUCUUACACUUUCUACCGUGAUCAGACUCCUAUCUGCUCUGAGCCCAAUGUGAUCUGCAGGGGAUCAUCCUUAUACUUCACACCAAUAACUGAGAAGGACAGUGGAUCCUACAUCUGCACUAUCCAGAACCCUAUGAGCAAAAACACCAGCAAUGUUUUGAAUCUCACAGUUUUAUCUCCAGUCUCGGCAGUGACACUGACCAGUAACUCAUCAGGAGAUCUCUGGGCAGGACAGGACUCGGUGUCUCUCUAUUGCACAGCUCAGGGUUCAGCCAUCUCUUUCAGCUGGAGCAUGAAUGGGAAUCCAGUGUCCUCGGACGCUCCAUAUAACAUCACUAAGAUUAAUUAUCCUCCAAAAUCUAUUUUAACCAUCAGCCCUGUCUCCAAAAAUGACAUAGGACCCUUCACUUGUACAGCAUCCAACUUGGAGGAUACCAAGGCCAGCAAUGAAAUCAGCCUCAACAUCAACUGGUACCCAGAAGGCAAUAUUCAAUGUACGGCCCAAACCACUAGUCAGACUGUCCAGCUCGGCUGCUCCUGGUCUGGAGGAAAUCCGGCCGCUAAUGUGACCAUGAUCCAUAAUGACCUAAAUAAAACAAAGCUUGAUCUUUUCUACAGAAAAGUGCCUUUAUCCAAUAUUAUUGAAGGGUCCAACCUCACCUGUAAUGGAAACCACAUGGGAAGAACCUCCAGCUGUGUCUUACUAUUCUUUCCUAUUUCUCAACAAAGGCUGAAAGAUGAAGUCAUAGCUGGAAUUAUAUUGGGGAUAUUAGUUGGACUUGUCAUCAUUGGUGUCACUGUAUAUUUCGUCUUCAGGCGAGAGCAAAUAAAGCCUAAAAUGUUAAUAAAUGAUCACAACGAUUCGUCUUCAUCAUCUCACAUCUAUGAGAAUACUCUACCAAUGGCAAGGACUGACAUGAUGCCGUCUUCAAAACAAGAUCCCAUUUAUGAGCAAAAACAACAACCUUUAUACUGCAACGUGUUGCUGGGCCCCAAUGACUGUUCUAUGGUUUUCCUCCUAUCUUUAGCCUCAGUGACUGCAGUGAACCUGACCAGUGACCCCUCAGAAGUUCUCUGGGAAGGAGUAAAUUCUGUCGCUCUUCACUGCAUCGCUCAGGGUUCAGUUGAUAAAUUCGUUUGGAAGCUGAAUGGAGAAGAUCUGCCCCCGGAUCAUCGAUACAACAUCAGUGAAGAGACUUCUUCUCCAAGCUCACCAGUCUUCUCUAAUCUCACCAUCAACCCAGUCUCCAGGAAUGACAGCGGACCCUUCACCUGUAUAGCAUUCAGUGGAACCAUCAAUGAGACCAGCAAUGCGCUCAACCUCAGCUUGGCCUGGACUCCGGAUACAGAAAAUAUCACUUGCAGUGCGUUUUUUUAUGACCUUUCUAUUCAGUUGUCUUGCUCCUGGAUGGGAGGCCAGCCUGCAGCUAACGUGACCAUGACGUUCAAUGGCACCGUAGAAUCGGCACCGGACAAUGUGAUGAGAGACGUGCACCCUGAUGGGGAGAUCAGCCAACCAACCUUUCUCUGCCAUGGUAACCACAACGGGGUGAAUUCUAGCUGCAGCCUACUAUUUGAAAAUCCACAGUCCACAACUCACAACGACUCUUCUAUAACAUCAGCGAAGCAAGGAGAAGAAGCAGUCCUGACGGUGGAUCUGCAUUAUGGACCGUACGCUAAUUUCACAUGGUUUCAUCCCAACAAAGACCCAAUCAUAACAGAGGGAAAAUAUAAUGUACAGUCCAAUGGGUCUAUGUCCAGUCUUCAUAUCUCUGAGGUUACGAUGAAUGAGAAUGGAACAUUUGAGUGCAUUGCUAAGAGCAUCAUUGGAAGCACAAGCUUCUUCUUCACUCUUGACGUCUCACAAGUUACAGAUUCUCCUCAAAAUGGACUUAGUGGCGGAGAGAUAGCUGGAAUUGUGAUCGGAGUCUUGGCCGGCGUCAUCCUCAUCGGAGUCAUUGUGUAUUUUAUCAUAAAGAAGUAAAGACUCACCGUAAGGGAAUGGAUUGUUCCUCCAAAUGUAAUGCCGCAUUACAGUCCAGUAUUAAUACAUUUGGAACAUAAAAUUGUAGAAGAUGUGAUCAUUAAUGAUCCCUGACCUUUAAAUACAAGGACUCCAAUACAAGAAAUCCAAGUACCAGACACAGUAAAACCUGGCAUGGAACUGUUUGCACUGCUCUCCAUGAAUGGCCUCCAUUAAAUUAUAUCGGAAGAUACUGUAGAUAUUGGGUUUCCAGUAUAUUCUCCUUUGAAAGGCACUGAUAAUGUGUAUAUUCUUUAUUUAUCAUAUCUGACAACAUGCAGGGAAGAAGCAGAGUGAAGACUCUGGGUAUAUGCUAUGCGUUUCAGUAAAAAUGUAUU